CCUGAAACCAGAAAAAAAUACAGGCUCGACUCGACAGUAGUUUCCCUACAUCCGCCCAUGCUUGCAUUACCUGCCUGGCAUCGUAUCUUAGUGGGUGUAGUUAGUUAGCUAGCAAGUUUAAAAGAGAUGAUACUGUAUGCCCUCUGGACCAAAUCGUCCUUAUUUUCCCUCAGACCUCAGGCGUCCUCCAACUACUGAUUUUUUUUUUACUGCAGGGUUAAAACAGUCGCUAAUAGAAACACCACUCAUUGAAUGGCAAUUUUACAAAAACAUGGAAAGAGCUCCAAUCCGGAUUUGGCCAAUCUCAAAGAUAACACCCCAGACAAUUUCGGUGCAGUUGGAUCUCAGAAGAAGUGGACAGAACCGAAUGCGAACUGGUCGAGACCAUUGGCGCGAGUAUGGACGGUGGUGCUGCUGCUAGGGACCUGUCUGCUGUAUUGCGCACGCGUGGCCAUGCCCAUAUGCGCGGUCAGCAUGGCAGACCAGUUCAAGUGGAGCAAGAGCGAGUCGGGCAUGGUGCUGGGCAGCUUCUUCUGGGGCUACUGCUUCACCCAGGUCCUCGGAGGCUACGUCAGCGACAGGGUGGGCGGUGAGAAGGUCCUCCUGUUGUCUGCUGCUGCAUGGGGUGCUAUGACAGCCUUCACCCCCAUUCUGGCCCACAUCUGCUCCCAGCCCAUUGUCUCCAUGACGCUGGCCAGAUUCCUCAUGGGGCUGUUGCAAGGUGUUCACUACCCUUCGCUGGCCAGUCUGUGCUCUCAGAAGGUGGUUGAAAGCGAGAGGGGCUUUUUGAUGAGCACUGUAGGCAGCGGCUCUUACUUGGGGACUUUGGUGAUUGGGGGCGUGGGCUCCCUGAUGCUGGACCUGUACGGAUGGGAGAGUGUUUUCUACGUGUCUGGCCUGCUGUCUGUGCUGUGGGCCUACUGCAUGUGGAAGUACCUGCUGAAAGGAGAAGGCCCUAUCAUCACAUUAGAGUCCUUAGGGAAUGCUGGGGCUCAGUCCAAACUGUCAAAGAGACAUUGGCUGCGUUUAUUCAAACAGCCAGCAGUAUGUGCUGUGAUCAUUACGCACCUUUGCACCGCCAGUACCUUUUUCACACUAUUGUCAUGGCUCCCAACAUUCUUCAAAGAUACUUUUCCUGAUGCCAAGGGCUGGGUGUUCAAUGUGAUUCCGUGGUUUGUGGCCAUCCCAUCCUCACUCUUCAGUGGGUGCCUCUCUGAUCACCUCAUUGGACAAGGGUUUGAUACCGCUGCGGUCAGGAAGCUGAUGCAGUUCUUCUCCAUGGGCGUGUCCAGUGUCUUCACCCUCUUCUUGUGUGGCACCACCACCUUCCCAAUGGCCGUGGCCUUUGUCUCGGCCACCAUGGGCCUCACCACCUUCAGCCAUAGCGGGGUUUCAGUGAAUGUCCAGGACCUGGCUCCCUCCUGCGCCGGAGCUCUGUUUGGGGUAAUGAACACAUGUGGAGCAUUCACAGGAGUUAUCAUGGUGUAUUUCUCGGGAUACCUGAUUGAAGCCACCGGGUCCUGGGCAUCAGUGUUCGCCCUCAUAUCAGUGGUCAACCUCCUGGGGCUGGGGACCUUCCUUGUGUUCGCUGAGGCCCGGCGGGUCGACAUCGAGGGCGCCAAGUCCAAAUACCACAACAUCCACAUCUGAGUGUGGCGAGGGCCCACCUGUGAGAACCGCGGGCUUCAGGGGACCUGUACGCACCAAGCUGAGUUCCUCUUACCCUCCUCUGACCCAGGGCCGCUGGGGGGGGGAGGAAGCGGACAGCUCAGAGCGAACAACUUCAUCUCAAACGAGUAGGGUUAUUUUCAUUUUAACCGACUGUUGGACUAUUCAGGUAGGUAAAGGAAUGCAAGGGACUGUUACGGUUCGUCAGGCCUGCAGUGAGACAGGGUGAGACAUGAACGUCUCUGGUUUUAUGCGAUCACAAGAUCAGGUGAACGC